AUGGGUUUCUUCGGUAUCCGGGCGCCGACGUCAUUGCGGUUGACCAUGUCCUCCGCCGGCGAGCCCUGGGACCACUCGGCGAUGGCGCCUUCGCCCUUUGUAAUAUUCAAGAACACGCAACCACACGAUUCGCAUCCUCCGCUCGGCCACCUGAUUCUGCUCGUUUUCGGCGCCGUAUUGGAGGUUGUCUGUGUCAGCUUGCCCGGGUACAUCAUUGCGCGGCUGGGCCACUUUGAUGCCGACAAGCAGAAAUUCCUCGCCAACCUCAAUGUUAUGCUAUUCACGCCAUGCCUGAUUUUUACCAAACUCGCAUCUCAGUUAAACGCCGACAAGCUCGUCGAGCUCGGCGUCAUUCCGGUCAUCUUCGUCAUACAAACGUUGGUCUCAUAUCUUGUCGCUCGAAUCGUCGCUCGAUGUUUCCGAUUCAACCGACGUGCCUCAAACUUUGUGACGGCCAUGGGCGUAUUUGGCAACUCCAACUCGCUGCCGAUCUCUUUAGUUAUCUCGCUGUCGCAAACGCUAAAGGGCCUGCACUGGGACAGGAUACCGGGGGAUACAGACGAUGAGGUGGCUGCGCGCGGUAUCUUGUACUUGAUGGUUUUUCAGCAACUCGGUCAGGUGGUCAGAUGGAGCUGGGGAUACCAUGUGCUCCUCGCACCCAAGUCGAAGUACGAAGAAUACGCGAACGCGUCGGCUGAGGAGGGCCGCCAUCACGGAGAAUCGCGGGGAGAAGGGGAAACUCAGGGUCUGCUCCAGAGCGAUGACAUCGACCAGGGAGACGAGCAGCCUUACGUCUGCCCGCCCAGUCCGACACAUACUGACGACACGCAACUUUACGAGCCUGCUGGUCGGACUCCCGUGGGUGGAACGUCGAGGGCAUCACCGCACGACUCUGAAGAUGAGCAUGAUGGUGCGUGGAAGGUAGACGGGAAGACAUACCCCAACAACUUGGGUGGUGCAAACGGUAGCCUAGACGACCAUUAUCGUGACGAUCCCGACGCGCCUAUCGACGGCAUCCUAUCUUUUCCACGCAUUCGCGCCAGUGAGGAGUUGGAAAUUCCCGAUGGAAUCAAAGGCAUUCCCGUCCGACUCCGACGUGCCGCACGGAAGGCUCAGCUCAAGACCAGCAACUGGCUUAGCUCCACCGGCCGCCGUGCGUACGACGGUCUUCCAAGGCCGAUGCAGCUCGCACUCACGGGCAUCUAUCGCGUCUGGUGCAAGGUGUACAAGUUCCUGUGGGACUUCAUGAACCCGCCGCUGUGGGCCAUGCUGUUCGCCGUGGUCGUGGCCUCGGUGCCUGACCUGCAGCAGCUCUUUUUUCGCGAAGAGUCGUUCAUCAGAACGAGCGUGACCAGCGCCAUCAGCCAGACGGCCGGGGUCGCGGUGCCCCUCAUUCUGGUGGUGCUGGGCGCCAACCUUGCGCGCAACACGCAGCAGCACGACGGAGGGGUGGACCCGGAGGAAAAGGAGAUCGGCAAGAAGCUGCUCGUGGCAUCGCUCAUCAGCCGCAUGCUUCUGCCCACCCUCAUUAUGGCGCCUAUCCUGGCGCUGUUCGCAAAAUAUGUCCCCGUCAGCAUCCUGGACGACCCCAUCUUCGUCAUCGUCUGCUUCCUCCUCACGGGCGCGCCCAGCGCCCUGCAGCUGGCCCAGAUAUGCCAGAUCAACAAUGUGUACGAGACGGUCAUGAGCAAGAUCCUGUUUCAGAGCUAUGUCAUCUGGAUCCUCCCCUCGACUCUGGUGUUGGUCCUGUGUGCGAUGGAAGUGGUGGAAUGGGCGAAGUAG